ACUGUAGAUUUGAGCACCCUCGACUUUAUGAAGAGGAAAAGGAAAAGGAAAACCAAGGCCUAUGGGCAAUGCUCUUUCUUCUCUCUCAUCCCUUUACUCAGGACCUAUAUAUUCCACCAUCCUUUUCCCCCAUACUUCAGGGCCAUUCCUCAGUAACAAUCGGACCUCAUCUCUCCCUCCCUUAUCAAUGGCGUUUCGCAGAUCCUUUGCCAACCGCCUCUCUCAUUGUUGUAAAACUAUCACACAGUCCGCAACUUCAGAACUCACUGCCAUCCCCUCCUCUUCGAUCCAUGCCACCCUCCCUCCCAAUGCAUUCAAAACGACGCUCCUUCCGCAGUACUUCGCCUCGCCUGAUUCCUCAAGCGGAGCUUUUUACGGCCGAUUUCACCAACGCAGAGCCGUAUAUGACUCCGGCCCUGCCAAACUGCCGGAGCUUUUAUCGUUUCCCGUCGGAGAGGAACUCAGGGAGAGGCUCAAGGCCAUCGGCAUCAGGGGAGAUCGUCUCCGCCUCGAUGGUCCAGGUCCCCCGGCGAGGGAUCAGACCAGCGUCGAUUCAAUGUUCGGAUUUACCAUCAAUGACGCUAGGAAGAUCCUGAGGCUAUCGCGGGUGGAGAAGCUGAAAGCGAGGCUGAGGGAGAUCCCAAGGACCUCGAUUUUUCAUUCCGAGUAUAUAGGGAUCUGUGUUGAUGCUUGCGAGGAUGUUGAUGAGGGCGCCGAGUUGGCCAAGAUGCUGGACGAGUCCGGGAACGUCAUCGUUUUGGGAAACGUGGUUUUCCUGCGGCCCGAACAGGUGGCGAAGACGAUGGAGAACUUAAUCUGGAAAACAAUAGGGCAUCCAGAGGACCCGAGGAGGAUGGAACUGGAGGAAAUGGAGAGGCAGAAGGCAAUGAUAGAUGAGAAGGCAAAGGCCUCGGUGCGGGGUGAGCUUUACUGCGGAUUAGGAUUCCUGGUGGUGCAAACCCUGGCAUUCAUGAGGCUCACGUUCUGGGAGCUUAGCUGGGACGUGAUGGAGCCCAUAUGCUUCUUCGUCACCUCCUUCCACUUCGCUCUCGCCUACCUCUUCUUCCUAAGGACCUCCACCGAGCCCUCCUUCCAGGGCUACUUCUUCCGCCGAUUCACUGUCAAGCAGCGACGCUUGAUGAAGACGUACCAAUUCGACGCCCGCAGAUACUAUGAGCUCUGCCAGGCCUUCUAUCCUCAUCACGACGCUGCUCCUAAAUCCCGAUUCUCUUCCUCCUUUAUUCACCCCGAAGCAACAGUUCUUGGUUCCACGCAGCAUUGAAUAAUGAUGAUGUCCGUAUCUUACAUACGAUCGUCCCAGAAUGGACUACUUGAGAACUAAAGUUCGGUAUUUCAAGUUACACUGCUUGUCACGGUUUUUUUUCCCCCCCUUGAGGGCUUUCCCUUUGCGGCUCAGUUAAAUGCCUUCGUUAAUACGAAAUAAUAGGUUGAUAGAGGGUGGGGCAAAAUACCGCCAGUUGUAGGAACUCUCUAGACCUUGUACAUAGUACAUACAAAUAGUUGGACUUGAUCCACGGUCUUGGCUCUUGGGAGGGUUCCGUAUUCACAGCAAAUUACAGCCUUCUUACUUGGUUAAGAAGAAAAAAAUCAUGAUAUUGCAGCCUUUGUUUCAUAUAACAGUGCUUUGCUUUCCUCUAGGUUGUUAUGCUAAUACUUUUCUGUUAUUUAUUAUUGUAUCCAGUUUAUAAUCAAUCGGAUUUUUUCCAACUAUCAAA